GUUUAGACACGGAGAGAACUUCGAGGACUAGAUUAAACUCUGCCACUGCUACUGUGGUUCUGUAUGCCAAAGAUGGGGACAAUGGACAUCUGUAGUGUACUGCUGUUUUCAUCUUUUAUGGGAUGGAUAAGAGUGGUGAGCAGCACACAUGCAGAGUGUUCGAUCAUUCAUCACCUGCAGAAACAAGAGAACAAGUGCAGGCUAGAGAUGAAUAAACACAGAGCACAGAAUCCUUCCUCAUCCAAUAGGACUGCAGGCUGUGCAGUGGAGUGGGACGGCGUUAGCUGCUGGCCGUGGGCUCUUGUUGGGGAGACCGUGUCCGUCUCCUGCCCCCUUCCUCUGCAGCACCACAUUCUCAUCUGGAGGAACUGCACCAGUCAGGGCUGGAGCAGACCAAGCUUGUCCUAUUACAGAGCCUGCUUUCAAGACGAGAGCAGCAUCGAAGAGGACGACACAGCAGACCAGGAGUACUUUGCCCUAGUUAAGCUGAUGUACUCUGUUGGAUACGGAGUAUCUUUGGGCUCGCUGUGUGUGGCCGUGUUCGUCUUCCUCAGCUUCAGGAGACUCCUAUGCACGCGCACCUACAUCCACUUGAACCUGUUCUCCACGUUCAUCCUGCGUGGAGUCGCUGUGUUUGUGAAGGACGCCGUUCUGUUUGAGGACAAGACACUGGACCACUGUACUGUCUCCACGGUAGGUUGCAAGGCGGCGGUGACGUUCUUCCAGUACUGUGUCCUGGCCAACUUCUUCUGGCUGCUUGUGGAAGGCUUGUUUCUACAGACCCUUCUGAUCUUCUCUUUUGCCAACAAGAGAACAUUCUUCUGGUGGUAUACCUUCAUAGGAUGGGGAACGCCCUCAGUAACAAUUCUGAUUUGGACCUUGCUUAAAAGUCAGUAUGACAAUUUGGGGUGCUGGGAUGAUUUGGAUAGCGCCCUCUGGUGGAUCAUUAAAACACCCAUCCUGAUAUCUGUGUUUGUGAACUUCAUGGUGUUUGUGAACAUCAGUCGGAUCAUAGUGAUGAAGACCAAGGCAUCUGACUCUUCUGGGGGAGACAAGCCGAUGUGCAGGCGACUAGCGAAAUCGACGCUGCUGCUGAUCCCGCUGUUUGGCGUGCACUACAUCGUGUUCGCCCUCUUUCCCGAGCAUGUAGGGAUUAAGGCUCGGCUUCUCUUUGAACUUGUUCUUGGCUCUUUCCAGGGCUUCAUUGUGGCACUGUUGUACUGCUUCCUGAAUGCUGAGGUACAAAACGAAAUCAGAAAGGCGGUCAGCAGGUGUCGGACACAGACUGAGGGCAACAACUUCAACAUGGUGACUCAAGACUUCACGGCCUGAGCCAGAGAGGUCAUGUGAUGAUGCGCAUCUCAAGUAUCGCCAUAGGGAUGAGAUAGCCUUGUAGUUUAGCAAAAACUCUUGUCGGACAGGGCCUGGUUCAGAGUGAUCAUGUCCGAAAUUCCUUAAAAUAACUUCAAAUGUACUUGACUGUUAUUGAUGUUCAAAGCACAACUCUAUUGAUAGGUGUCUUUACACCAGUGUAGUUACUGAUCCAACAGUCAUGCGUACAUUAUGGCUCUUUUUCAGCGGGCUUGUGGUGAUGUUAAAACAACAAUGUACAGUAUAAGCUGCCAUUAGGAUAGAUAAAGGAAUAGAUGUUUUAAGUUUUUUUUAAAAAACUAUUUCCAAUGUCAUUUGUAUGUCUCUCUGAACUGUACAAUUGUGCACAGUAGGCACUGUUUGUAUUAUAUCGUAAGAUAGUAAUUUUGAAAUGCAGUUUUCUAUGUUUCUAGUGUGAAAAUCUACCUUGAUUACACUUGUCAUACCAUGAUCACAAGUAAUUCCUUUAUGAUUCCUCCACUACUAAUGUGUUUGGUAAUAUGCACCUGUCGUGACUCGUGACUUAUCUGAUGUGGGAAG